UUGCCCGUCUUCAGCUGUCAGGGCCCUGGCAUAUCCAGAGUUGAGACAAAUUCACUUCUCAGGACUGUGAGCGUUUUCAGCGGUGGGGACCACCACGGCCCAGAGGGGAGCAUGCCUGCUCGUCAGAGGUGAUCUCCAUUUUCCAUCAGGAUUCCAGGGUUGAUAUCAGAUCAGCAGUGGCAACCACGUCUGGAGAGCAGCAGGGUUCUGCAGAGUGUGGGCCUCCCACGAGGACUGAAUCUGAAGGAAAGAGCCAAAGGACCUCACUGUCUGGGCAUAGUCUCUUGCCUUAAAGACGUGGGACCCAGGGAUCACGGGGAAGCUUCUGGGACAAGCUAUUGAUCAAGGGGAGAAUCGGGCUGGUGGACUGUUCUAACCCAAAAGAGUUACUCUGAAUUGACCUAACUCUUUUACCUCCCCCAACCCUGCCCCCCGAAGAGGUGUCAGGAGGUGUAAGGUGUCCUCACUGCCUUUUGUUCCCUCUCAGAGACAUAGAAACUUGUUUUGAGACUUUACCUCACACAAGAAGAAGCACACACCUGGGGAGCGGGGCUCCUCUUCUUCCAGCCUCUCAGAAGCACAAGCAGUACCAGAGUCCUUUGACCCUAAGUGCACUCCCCAGGCAAAAUCCAGUCACAGGUGCUUUUUGAGAGUUGCCCAGGGAAUAACUGUCAGAGUCCUCUCAUCCUCUCCCUUCCUCCUCCAGGCCUUUGAGUCUUCAUCUCUGUGACCGGCACGUGCCUGUCCUGUCUGUGUUCCCAAGGAAACUCAGCAUGGAUCCUACUGAGACCAGCCAGGGCCUCCACCUCCCUGACAGCUCUCAGUCCCAAAGGGAGGCAAGGGGUGUGGUGGGAGUCCAGGUCCCCAUAUCUGAGGCGGGGGAGGAGGAGGCCACUGCCACCACAUCACGGGGGGUGUCCCUUGGAGGAAUGCUGAGUUCUCCCCACAGUGCUCAGAGAGCCUCCUCUUCUCCCACUGCCGUGGGCUUCAUUGCAGUGGCACCAUCUGCUCAGGCCUCUGGCAAUCAAGCUAGCCAUGUGGCUAACCCCGAGCCUCCACCGCAGAAUGGGCUCAGUAGCAUGGUCGUGGAUUUGGUUCUCUUCCUGCUCCUCAAGUACAGGAGGAAGGAGAUAACAACUAGGGCAGAAAUUCUGCACAUGGUCAUCGGAGAUUAUGAGGCACACUAUUCCAUGAUCCUUAAGAAGGCCGCUGACUGCAUGCGGCUGAUGUUUGGCCUUGAGAUAAUAGAAAAUAACCCCCUUGAGCACACCCCUGUCCACUCCUACUCUCUUGUCCAUGCUCUGGGGAUCACCUAUGAUGGGAUGCAGCAUGGUUUCCCAGGCAUACCCAAGACAGGCCUGGUAAUAGUCAUACUGUGCAUCAUCUUCAUAGAGGACGAUUGUGUCAGUGAGGAGGUGUUGUGGAGUAUAUUGAAUAGGAUGGGGCUCUAUGCCGGGAGGGAUCAUUUCAUGUGUGGGGAGCCCAGGAGACUCAUCACUGAGCAUUUUGUGCAGGAAGGGUAUCUGGAGUACAGGAGGGUGCCAGACAGUGAUCCUCCCAGCCAUGAGUUCCUGUGGGGCCCAAGAGCCCAUGCUGAAACCACCAAGGUGGAAGUCUUGAAGUUUUUUGCCAGUGUUGUUAAGCAGGAUCCCAUAUCCUAUGUUUUCCCUAUGCAGAGAGAUGAGACUGAGAAGUCUGAGGCCAUGAUCCCCCAAACAGUGACACUCCUGCCUGACCAGCACACAUUCUAG